ACGCCCCGGGGGCGGGGCGCCGCCGGACUGAGGCGGGCUGGCUCAGUGCAGCGGCGGCAGCGGGGGAAGAUGGCGGCGGCUGUUCCCCAGCGUGCAUGGACCGUGGAGCAGCUGCGCAGCGAGCAGCUGCCCAAGAAGGACAUUAUCAAGUUUCUGCAGGAUCACGGUUCAGAUUCGUUUCUUGCAGAACAUAAGCUAUUGGGAAACAUUAAAAAUGUAGCUAAGACUGCUAAUAAGGAUCAUUUGGUUACAGCCUAUAACCAUCUUUUUGAAACUAAGCGUUUCAAGGGUACUGAAACUGUAAGUAAAGUGUCUGAGCAAGUGAAAAAUGUGAAGCUUAAUGACGAUAAACCCAAAGAAACCAAGUCUGAAGAGACUCUUGAUGAGGGUCCACCGAAAUAUACAAAAUCUGUUCUAAAAAAGGGAGAUAAAACCAACUUUCCUAAAAAGGGAGACGUUGUUCACUGCUGGUAUACAGGGACACUCCCAGAUGGAACUGUUUUCGACACUAAUAUUCAAACAAGUUCAAAGAAGAAGAAAAAUGCCAAGCCUUUAAGCUUCAAGGUUGGAGUAGGCAAGGUUAUCAGAGGGUGGGAUGAAGCGCUCCUGACUAUGAGUAAAGGAGAAAAGGCUCGAUUGGAGAUUGAACCAGAAUGGGCCUAUGGAAAGAAAGGACAGCCGGAUGCCAAAAUUCCACCAAAUGCCAAACUCAUUUUUGAAGUAGAAUUAGUAGAUAUUGACUGAAACCAGUGCUUCAGAUCUGAAGACAUCAACAAUAAAAACUUGGCCUUGAAACUUAAUGUGACUAAAUAGAGCUUAUUACUAUUUUAAGGGAAGAGUCAACUGGAAAAUUCAAGGAGUUAAAGCUUGUUUACUUGAUCUCAAUUUUUGAGAAAUGUAACCCCCUGGAAGUCCCUUUAAGUCUCAGAUAUUUUACUAUAGCUGUGUAAAGUAUUAAAGAGAACUGCUUUUCCUUUUACCUCAUAUCAUAAACUAAAAGGCUCAAUAAAAAUGUCAUGGAUUGUCUUGAUUUGACUUA